CGAAGUGCAGUCACAUUUUGUUGUGUAUUUGUUUGAGAAGCAUAAAUUUGUAUAUGCUUUUAGUUUUUAAGUUGUUUAACAAUUAAAGCGCUUGACGAUGGGGCUUAAAAAUGGCUAAUCCAUAAAAUAAUUCAAAUGUAUACGAGUUUUGACCGCACAUAAGUCAUGGAUUUAACGAGCAGCCUAAUACAAAAUGCCAAACAAAGUAAACUAAGGAUGACCAAGUGCAAGAGCCUCUUAGGCAUUGAGCCUCGUAACAUAAAUACAUUUCAUGUGAAGGAGAAUAUUUUAAACAUUCUAACCUACACACUGCUAACCAUAGUCGUGAUCUGCGCCGUUUGGCUCUUCUGUGACAUUUCUGGUCAUCGUGAUAGAUUUUUCUACGCCAAAAGAGAUUCGGUAGCGCUGGAUUUAAGCCUGUCCCACACACAAGAGGUUCUACUGCGCUCGGACUCGGAGUAUCGCGGUCGCAACGUGAAUUGCACCUUUUGGGACUGCCUCAACAUCUACAAGUGCGAGCAUGACACACUCAAGGUGUACAUUUACCCGCUGCAAGAGUUCUUGGACGAUCAGAGCGACAAAGUUGCCACCACAUUAUCCAGCGAGUAUUUUCAAAUCCUGGAAGCUGUGCUCAACAGUCGCUACUACACUUCGAAUCCCAAUGAGGCCUGUCUCUUUCUCCCUAGCUUAGAUCUACUGAACCAGGAUGUGUUUGACAAGCAUCUCGCUGGACCGGCAUUAGCCUCGCUCAACUUUUGGGAUCGUGGCGAGAAUCAUUUGAUCUUCAACAUGUUGCCAGGCAACGCACCCACAUAUAACACCAUACUGGACGUUAAUGUGGACAAUGCCAUUGUGCUGGGCGGCGGCUUCGACACCUGGACAUAUCGCCCAGGCUUUGAUGUCUCUAUUCCCGUCUGGAGUCCAUUGCUUCAACAAGCGGAAGCAGCUCAUGCCACAACUCAUCGGAAACACUUAUUGAUUGUGGCUCAGUUGAAUCUAUUGCCACAGCAUGUGCGCAGCCUGCGAGAACUUUCGCGCAGCUCCAACAGUGCUGAGCAAUUGCUGCUUCUUGGUGCAUGUGAGAGCAAUGAGUUGGUCACUCGAUGCGGUUCAAUGCACCAUGCAAAGCGUUGGGAUUAUCCGCGUGUAUUGGCGCGUGGAAAGUUCUGCUUUGUGGGCCGCAGUCUGCGCACUGGUCAGCCGGAUCUACUGGAGGCAAUGUCGCAAAGCUGCAUUCCUGUGUUGGCCAUUGAUAACUUUGUGCUGCCUUUCGAGGAUGUGAUUGAUUGGUCACUUGCUGUGAUCCGUAUACGCGAGUCGGAGAUCCAUUCAAUAAUGCGCAAGCUUGAUUCUAUUUCCAAUGUGAAGAUUGUCGAGAUGCAGAAGCAGGUGCAAUGGCUCUACGGCAAAUACUUUAAGGACUUGAAGACUAUUACGAUUACUACGCUUGAAGUGCUUGAGAGUCGGAUCUUCCCGCUGCAAGCUCGGAGCUCCCGCAAAUGGAAUGCCAUCAGCAAAAACAGUCGAUCCACCUUCAAUCCUCUAUUCCUUACUUCGCUGGCUCCCAAAUCGCAAGGAUUUACUGCUGUUAUUUUGACAUACGAUCGCGUCGAGAGUCUCUUUCUGUUGAUACAGAAGCUGGCCGUUGUACCGUCUCUGCAGAGUAUUCUGGUUAUUUGGAACAAUCAAAGAAAAGCUCCACCACACUUAUCAACAUUCCCCUCAAUCGCUAAGCCAUUAAAGAUUAUACAAACUCGAGAGAAUAAGCUCUCGAAUCGCUUUUAUCCCUAUCCUGAGAUCGAAACUGAGGCCAUCUUAACCAUAGACGACGAUAUUAUUAUGCUGACUAGCGAUGAACUCGAUUUUGGCUAUGAAGUGUGGCGAGAGUUUCCGGAUCAUAUUGUUGGGUUCCCCAGUCGCAUUCACGUCUGGGAUAAUGCCACGAUGCGCUGGCACUAUGAAUCCGAGUGGACUAAUCAAAUAUCCAUGGUUCUCACAGGUGCGGCAUUUCACCAUAAAUACUGGAGCCAUAUGUACACGUAUGCGAUGCCCGGCGACAUUAAGCACUGGGUCGAUGAUCACAUGAACUGCGAGGAUAUUGCCAUGAACUUUCUCGUUGCGAACAUCACAAAUAAUCCACCAAUUAAGGUGACGCCACGCAAGAAGUUCAAGUGCCCCGAGUGCACCAACACAGAGAUGCUCUCGGCAGAUUUGAAUCACAUGCGAGAGCGUUCCGCUUGCAUCGAUCGCUUCUCGAAGAUCUACGGACGAAUGCCAUUACGCACAGUUGAGUUUCGAGCGGAUCCUGUGCUGUUUAGGGACAAUUUCCCAGAUAAACUUAAGCGUUACAAUGAUAUUGGCAGCCUAUAAUGAUAUCACAUACCAUAUAGUGGCAUAGUUGCAAUAUUACCAAAGAUCUAGCCAAGUUAUGGAUUAUGCUUAUUAUACUCAUUAGACGAAGCCUGCAUGUCACAAACAUAAUUAGUUUGAUAAACAAAAACAUAAAAUAUGCUUGUAGUAUUUACAUAAAAUGAAGGCUAAACAAUUGGA